CAAGGGGAAGCCGAAGAAAACUGUCAAUCGAUAUAAAACCUUUCGGAAUCUGCGCGCUUGCCGAUAAUAUCUGUAUUAUACGCGUUUUCAAAACAGCCGUCCUUUCGGAUUUGAGAUUUUUACUUUCUCAUUCAUCUUUUGAGAACAGUAUCCGACUAAAAUGUCCGAAGGUCAGGAAAACGUCCCAGAAGGAUGGGAAAAGCGCACUAGCCGGUCUACAGGUAUGGUCUACUAUCUAAACACCUUCACUAAGGAGUCACAGUGGGAUCUACCUACUUCUCCGGCCACCUCGGAGGAAAAAUCCGAAGUCCAGUGCGCCCACCUGCUGGUGAAGCACAAGGAUUCUCGCCGACCGAGUUCCUGGCGGGAAGAGAACAUCACGCGCUCCAAGAAUGAAGCGUUGCGCAUUCUCGAGGGUUAUCGAAAGCAGAUUAAAUCCGGUGAGGCCACCUUGGCGGAGCUGGCCGUGCAAUACUCGGACUGCAGUUCGGCCAAGCGGGGCGGUGAUCUGGGCAUGUUCAAGCGCGGAAUGAUGCAGAAACCGUUCGAGGAGGCCGCCUUUGCGCUGAAGGUCGGUGAAAUGUCCGACACGGUAGAAACCGAUUCCGGGGUGCACCUAAUCCUAAGACUUAAGUAAGCACAGUGUGAAGGGUAAUUUCCGAUAAAAUAAGGUGGCAGAGAUUAAUUAAAGAAUAACAUUGAUGUUAGAAA